AUGAUUGAAGAACAUGACCUGUCUUCGUCCAAGCAGGAUUUCGUGUUGGCCCCCAGUCCACAGUCUUCGUUUGCUUCACCUGAUCAGUGCUCGCUAGAAAAGCAUUCGCGAAGUGUUCCUCGCGAGCGUUCAUUGACGUACUUAUGGCCUCGUGGACGUUCGCUGACUGUCACACGAACAUUACUACUGUUGGCCUCCUUCGCGAGCACUCGCUUCGCGGCCAUUUUUAUCUGUUCGCGCUUACUACUUCAAAAUUGCACAAGCUUGGUGGAGAUUCACCCGUCUCUUGGAUUUCUGAACAAACUUGUUAAUUUGAAUAUGAAAUAUUGCAAGUCCAUUGAGAGCCUUCCACCUUUCGUUGCCUUGGAAUGCCUUCAAAUAUUGAGGCUUUCACUCUGCUCAGGAUUGAAGAAGUUUCCAGAAAUUGAAGGAGAUAUGAAAAGCUUGCUGGAGCUUCAUUUGGAUGGGACCAGCAUUAAGGAAUUGCCUCCAUCAAUUGAACGCUUGACUGGUCUUACCAUGUUGAAUCUAACAGACUGUAAAAACCUUUUGCAUCUUCCCAAUACCAUUGGGUGCUUGACAUCUUUGAAAAGUCUCUUUCUAGUUGAUUGCUCCAAAAUUGAUGAGAUUCCUGAGAAUCUGAAUGGUAUGAAAUGUCUGGAGAUUCUUGCAAUUGGUGGAACUUCCGUAAGGGAGUUAUCUUUCAUUGUAGGCAUGAAGAAUCUACAGUAUCUAUUCUGCGGAGGAUGUAAAUGUCUAGUUUCAGAAUCAUACAAAGCUCUGGCUUCGUUAUCGAAUUUGAGAGAGCUAGACUUGAGUUAUUGCAAUCUGAUGGAUGGAGCAAUUCUCAAUGAUUUUAGCAGCCUAAUCUCCUUAAGACGGUUAUUUUUAAGUGGUAAUCGCUUUGUACUGUUACCUGAAAGUAUCUAUCAACUCUCAAAGCUCGAGAUUCUGGACUUGAGUAACUGCAGACAGCUUCAAUUACUGCCCAAGAAGCUUCCGUAUAGUCUUCAAGAAGUGUAUGCACAUGAUUGUACUUCACUGAAGGAUUACCCAAAUCAAAUCAAAGUAUUGGAAUCACGGGAGUCGGGAGUGACUAUUGUCAAUUCCCUCAAUUCUUCAGCACUUGGAGUCUCACCAAGUCCCCUAUCGAUUGGUGUUGCAAGAACUGAGACGGAAUUAAUGAACCUGUCUGUGACACAUGAGCAUACAGAGGGGAAACAAGUUGAUAAAGUGCCAGUGACAAAUCCAACGUUUCUAGACCAAGUAGGAUCUCUCUCUCACAACAAAAACGGAGCAUAUAUCUAUAACUCUAUCCUUUUUCUCAUACUACUAGUUAACUAUUGUUAGUAUAAAAUAUUGUUGGCAUUCCAAAACUACUCUACUAGCCGUGUAAGGUAUAAGAGCGAGUAAUUGUUUUAACGGAAGUAUGGUGUGGUUGCUUUGCUCUCUGAUCAUGAAUUCAUACGUGUUGAAGAA